AUGUGCGUCGUGCAUGGAGAUUUUCCCACCAUGUUUUCCCGACUGGUUGCCUGUGAUGGCAGACACGCGAACCCGCUGUCUCGCCUGUUGAUUUUGCUCACUUCUCCGGAGGUUUGCGUUCUAACUAAUCGGUUUAUUUGGCGUCACAGCGGGGGAUUAAUCAGCACCGAUCCCUCUGUACAGACUCUUACUGAGAAGCAGCGCUGGAGCUCCGGAUCUCUCCUGAUGGAUUUACACGCUGUGUGCUGCACUCUGCUUCUGCUGACAUGGACAGGAGCAUGUUUUGCCCAACAUCUGUUAUUACCUGAGAAAAUGGAUAAAGCGGUUGGGGAGAAUGUAGUGAUUACCCCAAUCCAUAUUCCUGAUCCACCACACGACUACAUCAGAUGGAAGUUUAAUAUGAGCACCAUUCUUGCUGGACCUCCUGAUGGAAUUACAGUACAGCCACCGUACAGAGACAGAGUCAGUCUGAACAGCAACACUUUAGCUCUGGAGCUCAGGAACCUGGCUGAGAAUGAUACUGGAGAAUAUUCUCUGGGUGUAGAAACUCUUAAAGCUCGGUUCACAGAUGCCACCUCACUACAGGUGUUUGUUCCCAUCUCCAGCGUUACAAUAGUACCAAGUAACACAGAGCUGAUUGAAUUCAACAGCACUGUGAACAUCGUCUGCUCUGCGUCUGGCUCCUUGCUUUCAUUUAUUUGGCUGAAUGGCAGCUCUGAGGUAACAGCAGGGGGGCGAGUUCAGCUAACAGACAACAACAACAGUCUGACCAUCACCAGUGUGAUCAGAGGUGACACAGGCCCAUACCAAUGUGAAGCAUCCAACACCUUCAGCAAGAAAAGGAGUCCUCCAUUGAGCCUCACUAUUUACUAUGGUCCAGAAAAUGUUGUUGUUGAUGCAGAUCCAGUGGGACACUUCUACAGCUCUGGGUCAAAUGUCAAACUGACCUGCUCAGCUGAGUCCAGCCCUGCUGCUGAGUUUCAGUGGGCUGUGAAUGGAAGAGAGCUUGGUGAAAUGGGCCAAGAGCUCAGACUGAACAACAUUCAGAGUGGCAGUUACACCUGCAUCGCACAUAACAAACAGAGCCUAAGAUACUCCACGUCUGAACCCUUCAGCAUCACUGUACUUAUGCGUGUGGCAUGGGGAGCUUACACAUCUGGAAAGACACCAUCAAUGCUGAAAGGUGUGUCCAGUUUUGAUUUGGAGGACCUGGUAGUCGAUAUUGGAUACUGGUUCAAGGGUAGUACAAAUCGAAAAGGGUACUUGACAGAGUUUUGUGAGCUCCAUGAAACAGAGUACAUGGAGAUCCUCAUGCACGUCUCCGUUCGUUGGUUAAGUCUUGAGCACUGUGUAACACGGAUCCUGAGACUUUAUGAACCACUGGCCAGCUACUUCAAAUCUGCUAGAAGAAAGCUGAACAUUAGCUUCACCACCAGGGCUAAGCUCAACAGGUUACUGGAUGAUGGAGACAUCACACCACAGCAGAUGGAGAAAUUCCAUGAGGCUGCUUUGGCAUUUCUGAUCAAUGCUGUGGACUACGCUUUGAAGAAGCUGCCCCUCCAAGAGCCACUGCUCAAGCAUGCCAAAUUUGUAGAUGUUCGACAGAGGUCUGAAUGUGCCAUAGAAGAUGUCCUUUACUUUGUUGAGAGGUUUCCCCACAUCCUCCCAUACCAUGGACCAGCGGAGCAUGAUCUACUGGCAGAGGAGUUUCUGGAGUACCAGACAAUGCCGUUGCCACCACUGCAGCACCCAGAGGAAUUUGAAAUCGAAAGCUUCUGGGCUGAAAUGGCUACACGGAAAGAUAAGGUGACAGGAGUAAACCAAUUUCAGAGGCUUGCUGCGAUUUCAAAGCUGGUCCUCGUCCUCCCACAUUCCAAUGCAGAUGCAGAAAGGGUGUUUCCUGUGGAAACACAGGAAACAAAACCUUUCAACAAAACAAAGACAAGAAACAGUUUGGCCCUAGAUAGUACCCUUUCCUCAAUCAUGACUGUAAAGAUGGCAGACUUGGAGCCCUGCUUUAAGUGGGAGCCCUCACCCACGAUCAUCAAGGCCUCCAAGAAGGCCACAGGCCUGUACAAUCAAGCGCACAAAACUUAG